AUGUUGUCACGAGAGCAACUAACCGACCUCAACGAGAACUUUCCGACAGUCAGCGAGAGCGGAAGCGGUUUUUUGCCGCGGAGUGAUGUGCAGACGGCACUCAAAAUAUUGGGUAUCGAUGUGCCCGGAUAUAAGAUGCGCGAACUGAUGGAUCAACACUUUGGAAACGAGGCACAAAUCGAUGUGGACAAAUUUGCGAAACUGUUUGAUACGUUGGAUGCACAGAGAAAUGAAGAGGCGAAUCGUUGGAAGCAACAGACAAAACAAGUCUCCGGAGCGUAUCAAACUCACUCGUCGAAACAAGAAAACGUUCAACACACGAUUCGAGUCGAAGAAGAAGUCGCAUUCUCGAAUUGGAUCAAUUCGAAUCUGUCAGAUGAUUCUGAUCUGAAACGACUUCUUCCCGUUCAGCAAGGAGAACUCUAUACUAAGAUUCAAGACGGUCUUGUCAUUUGUAAAUUGAUAAAUUUGGCUGUUCCGGGCACAAUUGACGAGAGGGCAAUUAACAAAAAGAAUCUGAAUACUUAUACGAAAUUGGAGAAUUUGACGUUGGCACUGAUGUCAUCACAGGCGAUUGGAUGUAAUAUUAUCAAUAUUGAUAAUAUCGAUUUGAGUAAAGGGACCGCCCAUUUGGUGUUGGGGCUCUUAUGGCAAAUCAUUCGAAUUGGGUUGUUUAAUCAAAUUGAUCUACAACACUGUCCAGGUCUCUUUCGUCUUCUUCGUGACGGUGAAACACUUGAUGAUCUACGUCGUUUGUCUCCAGAAGAGAUUCUGAUGAGAUGGGUGAAUUAUCAUUUGGAACGAGCUGGAACCCCCCGACGACUUCAUAAUUUCACUUCUGAUAUCGUUGAUUCGGAAAUUUACACUUAUCUUCUCCAUCAAAUUGCUCCAAAUGGCUCCGGAGUCACCCUAUCGCCACUCGGUGUUCAGGGGAAUAUACCGAGAGCUGGUGCUAUGUUAGAUGAGGCUGAAAAGUUGGAUUGUCGAGAGUUUGUGACGGCGAAUGAUGUUGCCGCCGGGAAUUAUAAGUUGAAUUUGGCGUUUGUCGCUAAUUUGUUCAAUAAACACCCAAUGUUGCCGGAUCCGGGAGCUGAUGAAGUUGUGGAAGACGUCGUCGAAGAGACACGAGAAGAGAAAACAUACAGAAAUUGGAUGAACUCGAUGGGUGUGGAUCCGUAUGUCAAUUGGCUCUACGGAGAUCUUCAGAAUGGUGUCGUCAUUUUCCAGCUCUACGAUAUCAUCCGCCCUGGAAUGGUCACCUGGAAGCGUGUGGUUCGUCAAUUCCAUAAAUUGAGAGGAAUGAUGGAUCAAAUUCAAAACUGUAACUACGCCGUCGAAUUGGGCAAACAACUUCGCUUCUCACUCGUCGGAAUUCAAGGAAAAGAUAUUUACGAUGGAAAUCAGACACUGACACUGGCUCUUGUCUGGCAACUAAUGCGAGCGUACACUCUGAGUGUAUUGGCUCAAUGUACUCAAUCUGGUGAUUCACUUCCAGCUGAUAAAGAUAUCGUCGCGUGGGUCAACGAGAAAUUGACGAAAUCCGGGAAAACGACGUCGAUUCGAUCGUUCCAAGAUCCGACGAUUUCGACGGGAAAAGUCGUUUUGGAUCUGAUUGAUUCGAUCAAACCGAAUGUUAUUGAUUUCGGUUUGGUGAAAGGGGGACAGACGAAUGAGGAGAAAAUGUCGAAUGCAAAGUAUGCGAUCACUUGUGGAAGAAAGAUUGGAGCGAAGAUUUACGCGUUGCCCGAGGAUAUUGUUGAGGUGAAACCAAAGAUGGUGUUGACAGUGUUCGCAUGUCUAAUGGCUCGUGACUAUUUGCCCGAUAUGAAGGAAGCGUCCGCCCCCAUCGCACCGAUGAUCAAUGGACAUUAG